AUGAAGAAGAUGAUGAUCAUGCAGAAGAACCAACUGCUUGCCCACAAGACCAGGGAGACUUGCAAACGAGGAAGGGCAAAGAAGAUGCCCCCGCUGUCCCCCAUGACGGUGAAGAAUUGGAAAUCCCAGAACUUGCCAAUGAAAGGGAGGAGAUACCCAUCUAAGAAGAAGCGAGCAGAUCGCUUUAUAACUGUCGCAGCGAUUCUCUGCUGCGAGCAGCUGUCGCAGCGAUUCUCUGCUGCGAGCAGAAUAAAGCGAUCGCUUUACAGCUCGGGAGAUGAUUUAUCUGUAGUAUGUGCUGAUGCGGUUGCAGUCGCUCCUGCCGACGCCUACCAUCUUGCCGCCGCCGAUGCACCAACCGCCGCUGCUGCCAUCGUCGUUGGAGACUCCGCCACCGUCCCCGCCGCUGCACCAACCGCCGCUGCUGCCAUCGUCGUUGGAGACCCCGCCACCGUCCCCGCCGCUGCAGCUGCCAACGCUGCCCCUGUAGCUGCUCAUGUUGCUGGAGGUGGUUUAUAUGCGCAACUGAUAACUACAGCAGCACAUUUGUCUGCUUACGCUGCUACAAUAGCUCCAGCCGACGCCGUCCCUCUUGCCACCGCCGCCGCCGCCGCCCUCGCAAAUCCCGCCGCCGCCACCCUCCUUCCGGCAAAUCCCGCAUCCGCCGCCGCCGCCGCCGCUGCCGCUAACGCCAACGCCGGCGGCGGCUCAGCCUGCAAAUUUAUAUUUAACAUCUGGUAG